AUGGCCCUUCCUGUCCCGUCCCUCCCUCCCGCCGCUGUCGCCUCACGGUCCCGCCGGGGCAGGCGGGGCGGGGGGGCCGAGCGCGCCCCCUGCCGGCGGCCGCGCUCACCGCGCUCACCGCCGGGCGCGCCCGGCCCCCCCGCCCCCGAAACGGCGCUCGCCCCGCCCCCACGACGAGCCCAGGCCCCGCCCUUCAUUUGCAUAAAGCGCGAGCCCUCCCUCGUCUCGCGGGCGGCGCGCGCGGCACGGAUGAGGCGCAUGCGCGCGGUGGGCGGGCGCUGGGCCGGCGGUGCGGCCAGCGGGGGGCGGGUGGCGCUCGGAGCCGCCGGUGGGGGCGGCCGGGCCGGGGCAGCUGCGGAGCCCUGGGGGGCGGGCAGCGUCCAGCAGGGCUGGCGCGGGGAGUCGCGGGGCUCGCCGCAGCAGCUGGCGGAGCGGUACGCGGACCUGGCGGCCAGCCACACCGAGGCGCUGCGGCAGCGGGAGGAGCGCGAGUGGCAGAACGCGCGGCUGCGCCAGGAGAACGCGCGGCUGCGGGUGGAGAACCGCCGGCUGCGCCGCGAGAACCGCUGCCUCUUCCGGCAGACCCUGCUGGCGCCCGGCCCGGACAAGCCCCCCGGCGAGCCUUGCGAGGAGGCGGAAGCCCUGCGCGCCCAGCUGGGGCGGCUGCAGGAGAAGCAUCGCCGCGCCCUGUGGCACCUGCGGCGCUGCCGGGCCGCCGGCGGGCAGGAGGCCUCGGGAGGCGAGGACGGCGAGUUGGACGAGCUCCUACUGGAGGAGGACGAGCAGUCGCUGGAUAAGAAGAGCCUGGUACCGCCCGUGUAGGCGGCCCCGGGGGAGGGGGCGGCGGAGCCCUCCCUGCCCGCGCCCCCGCUGCCUGCCGCCCUCCCUCAGUCGAAACAGGCCCUUCCCAGAGGAAGGAUGGGGGAGGAGUUCGAGUUUCAGUUUACCUGAUGCGUAUCCGGGAAGCAUUGGCCGUGUUCGAAGAGAACCGGGUUCAUCUGGGAAACCGAUGCUUGGAAGACGAGAGGAAUGCCCUCAAAGCAGCUGUUGUCAUGGAGAAAACAACCGCCCUGAAGAGAAUAGAUGAUCUCUUGUCAUCUCGCAGCACUGAACUGUGCUUCCUUUGGGUACCAGCUGUGGAUCACCUUCCUUCUCUGAGUUAGUGACUGUCAUGUAGGCUUCAAGGGCCAUGGAGACUGACAAGUUCUCAAUAGUCUCUGUUAGGAAAAGGCGUGAAGGAAGCUGGAAACCUUGCCAGUACACUCAUAGAAGUUGGUGAUCAUUUGAACUAUGAAUUGCCUUGGACACUGGGUGCAAAACACUAUUUGUAUUUUGUUCACCAUCACAUUACUAUUGAUUUGAAUUUCACAUUUUCACACAAAACUGCAGCUGAUAAAAUUAUGACACACCAAAUGA